AUGGGAACAGUAGCUUCUUUAGAAACAGCUCUAAAAGGCAGAACAACUGUGAAGGUCCAUGUGUCUCCUGUGCUUUAUCUGUACCUCAGACUGGUGCUGGUGGGUCAGGAGAAAGUGGGGAAGAGCUUAGCAGCAAACACCAUCCUGGGAAAGAAGGAGUUUGACUCCAGGAUCAGCUCCAGACCUCUGACUCUGAGUAGCAGGGAGGUAGAAGGUGUUGUUGAGGGCCGCGGGGUCUCAGUGGUGGACACCCGACUGUUCAGCUCUCGGCUGUCUCCAAAGGAGGUGAAAGCAGAGCUGCUGGCGGUGGUGAAGCUGAGCUCUCCGGGUCCUCACGCCUUCCUCUUCACCCUCCAGCUGAGACGCUUCACUGAAGAAGAGCAGAAAGGCCUGCAGACUCUGCAGACCAUGCUGAGUCCAAACAUCUCCAAAUACACCAUGGUGCCGUUCACCUACGGAGACCGACUGGAAGACACCAAUGUCCAGCAGCUCAUCAGAGAAGACGACAACCUGCAGCAGCUGCUGAAGAACUGCAAUGGCUACUGCCAUGUCUUCAACAACAGACAGAUGGAGGACAGGAGGCAGGUCCAACGUCUGCUGGACAAGAUAGACUCCAUCUCUGAGGGAGGACACUCGUACUACAAGAGCACCUCUGAGAGCUUCACAGUCAGGAUGUUUCCUGUUUCCUGA